UAUGCUUUACACUUUUCGCCGUGUUUAUCCCAUUUGUUGGAUAUUACGUUAAUAGGUGUGUUCGGGGAGCUCGCUAUUAGCGCUAUUUAGCGCUACCGUGUCAUUCUAUCUUUCUUGUAUAUCUAAGAAGCGAUAAAGAUAGAAGAACGCGGUAGUGUUGGUAGCGUGCUCCCCGAACGCACCCAAUGUAUCGUCUCGCAUCAUGAUGCUUAACCAGCACGUUUCGGCGGCAUAAUAUUUCGUUAGAGAAUAGUAAACAAGCUUGACCAUUUCAAUAUGAAACUCGGCUUCUACUAAUAGUCAGAAAGAGAUGGAAGAUAAUAACGAGGCAACUUCUGAUGAAGUGUUCAAGAUUGACGAGUGUGCCGUCAAAAUCGAGCAGCAGAUUGAUCAAGACGCGGAAGAAACUACGGAGAAGUAUUUCGAUUUCAAUAUGGAAGUCAACGACUUUCUGGAGACAAACAUUUCCAAGCCACUUGUAGUCAAAGUGAACAAGCAACCGUCAGAUGCCAAAGCGCAGUCUCAGGUGUUUAUGCUGCAUUCGUACAACUCGGUUACAGCAGGACGGAAUCUAGUACCAAAGUAUCGUCCGAUACGACCGAAACCCUGCGUAGGUGGCGACAAAAUCAGCAAAUCAAAAAACAAGUUUGUGGAGAUAUCACCUACCUUGAGCUUGCCCGUGCAGACUCGGAAUCGUGUUGUCACCAACGGUAAUGCUGGAGAUGUCUACGAUAAACACGGGAUUCACGGGACUCACGGGACUCACGAUAAAAAAGGAAUUCACGAGACUCACAAUAAAAAACGUAUUCCUAAGAAAAACAAAUCCAGAGCUACUAUCGAAUUGUUUUUCGACAGUAUGGCGCAGUCUGUGUCGAAAUUACCCGCGGAAGUCCAAGCUGAGAUCAAGAUGGAGAUCUGUAAGCUCGUCACCAGAGCGGAGAUUAAGCACUAUGGAUCGCAACCGAAGUAGAAGACUGAUUAGGAAUUCGAUUGACAGAGUAUAUCGGUCGAUAUUGACUAGAUAUUGAUUGAUACUACAGCUCCUAUACCUUUCAACCUAAUAUGUAAGAUAAAGUAAAGCCGGCAGUCGAUUUCCAUUAGCCGACAGUCAGCGUGUUUUCGGUACUCUUGUACCGGUCUCAAUAUUUUACUAAAUGUUAAAGCUGUUGGUUCCUCCCUUGGUCGCGGAACUCUCGCCUGAUGACGAGAAAAUGCACGAUAAAAAUUCAUGUAAAAUACGUCAAAAUAAAAAGAUAUAUCCAUAAAAUGACGCAGUCGAUCGGUAAAAUCACAUCUGUAAAAUAGUUCGAACGCUUUCCUUUUGCUCUAACAAUAAAUUAUUGUAAAAUUAACAUGAUGCGCAACAUACUAUUUUAACCUACGUUUCCUCCUGAUUUUGUCGCGUUACUUUUGGCGUUAUUUAUUGUUUGUUAGAACAAAACGAGAGUGUUCGGGCUAUUUUGCACAUCUACUCGAUGGAUUGCAAGUGUCAUUUUAUGGAUCUUUUUACUUCUACGUAUUUUGUAAGAAUUUCAGCUGGCCGCUCGAUUAACCAACUGAUGAACAAGUUUACAGAGAGUGGGGGAAUAGCAAUGUACAAUCGUAAACAGGAAGGAUGUCCGUCUUUUUUGUGAGUUUUGUAACUUUUGUGGCUUUACUUUUAUGAGUUAAAAAUAAACGUAUUCGCCUUGUUUAAGAGGAGAUCGAAUUGAUGAAUGGAAAAUUUUUAUUGAAAAUUUUCUCAAUAGAAAACAGAUCCUUCCAUUGGACGAAACGUUUUCAGACUUGUCCAAUAAAAAAGGCGGACAACCUUUAACUGUACAAAAUAUAUAAAUAAAUAAAUUAAUAUAAAUUAA